GGAAUUCGUUUUUAAGAUUGAUCGAUGUACUACACGGAUCACGAAUGGGUUGUAAAUAUCCCAACAGCAUCAAACAUUCGUUUCACUGUCAAAGUUCUCUUUUCUUCUGGAUCUAAUCUGAAAUGUGGCUGCAUAAGAAGAGAACAGCAAUUCUUCCGGCCAUUGGGCAGCAAGGCAAUGGUAUAAGUACAUGAUGUUCUUCAGAUUGAGUCCUUCUGAUCACUUUCGUAAGUCCGUAGUAUAUAACUGACUAACAGUAAAUUGAAUUUGCUGAGAUGGGGAAGAGAGAAAAGAUAGUUCCUUAGUUCAGGACGGCCAGCCAGAUGAACAUACCUUGACCCGAGCUCCAGGACCGCCGUUAGUGGGGAAGAGGACGAGUCAGAGAGAAACAGGAUUGUGAUAUCUGACCCUUGUUUUGAAUCGAGAAUUUAUUAAAUGCACUAUGUAGUUCAUCCUGUGAAUAGUUUUAGGCGCGCACGGUUUUCCAUAUUUGAUCAUAUUAUUCGUACGAUAGUCUCAUUGAUUGGAACCACGGUGGACUAUGCUCAUGCGCAUCCCCUGGCCCUUUCAAGCAAUAGGUGUGCAGUGGUCGUGGUCGUAAUUUCCGUGCCUUUGACGCCAAAGAUGGCUGAUGCUGACCACGGUCUUUUCAUUGACCUGAAACUCGUCCCUCAAUCGUGCGUAGACUAUGAUAUAAACGUGGAUUGAUUAUAAAAUUGUCACUCGCUUGAUGAUCAGGCAAUUCGGGAACAGGCUUCUUUGGAGGUCAAGAACUUCAGUCUACCGCGUGAAUUUUCAAUUUAAGAGCAGAGUGAAAUGAGUUUUAAAGUGAUUUAUCCGAAGUGCAAUGCUAUCUAUCUUGAAUCUGCCUUUAUCUUACGUUGAUUGUGGUAAUAGAUGUGCUGGAGCUUGUUCAUGAUAGCUGUUCUUUGGGGUUCAAAUUCUUCAGUCCUGAGCUUAUUGACACAACCUUAGGAUAAUCUGGAAUGGUAGUGAAUGGUAUGGAAACCGUGCCACUCACAACGAUGAAGAAUGACAUUCAAAUGUGGACCGGUAAGUCCAUUUUAUUUUCUCCCAAAUGAACUGACUGACAUCUACAGUCUGUGUGCAAGGGUUGCGUCUCACGAUGAGAGAGAAGAGGUACUCCGUGGAUUAAAUACAGGUUGUCUCGAAAGUACAAAUAUGACAAAUAUCUCUCCCGCUUAGCGAUGAGGAGCAAUCGAAACUUGAGCCAGCGUCAGCCGUCCCGUUGUGAGAGGACACCGAAUCACAAACAGUGCUGCGAGUGCUAGAGGUUUAUUGGAGCAGAUUGCAGCUUUGUACACAGGUGCAGAUUAUCUCGCACAUUCGAUGGAUGUUAUAUGCAGCAUUCGAACAGGUAGCAGAUUGCAAUAUUUCGUCAUGUCCAGCAGUAUACUUCGGAGCUUGGAGAAGAUGCCUCAGACAGGAGCUUUCCCCACUGACUUCUGGCCCAAGCUUCCGAAAGGUAAGUCAUUCCGAAGAGUAUUCUCUCCCAUUUCCAUUCCCAAUUCAUGCAGGCUUCACAAUCCGAGUGUUGAAUUUAUGUGAACGCUUUUGAGAGUCCAGAUCCACAGAUCAGCAGGCAGUAGGCAGAGCGUACAUUGGAGAUUUGACAGGACACUCAAUCAAGGAGGUAGAAAGUUCACUCCACAAGGACCCUCGGCACCUUGCUACUUUCAGUUGAUGUGUUUUUCCUAACG